AGAUAUCACCACUGGUGGCUCUGCUGGCUGUUUGGGGAUUUUCCCGCGUUUAGAAUUUCUAAACGUCAAUGUUUUUUGAGGUUAUGUGCAAUUGUUUACGUUUAGAAAUCGUUUUCUCGAAGUUUCCUUGAGUUUUUCUCCUCGAAAAACUAUAUUUUCCUCAAGAAAAGUGACUAGAAAAAUAGCAAAUUAAAAAUGUCUUACAUGCUGCCUCAUCUCCACAAUGGAUGGCAAGUGGAUCAGGCCAUUUUAAGCGAGGAAGAUAGAAUAAUCGUGAUCCGCUUUGGGCACGAUUGGGAUCCUGCUUGUAUGAAAAUGGAUGAAGUCCUCUACAGUAUAGCUGAGAAAGUGAAGAAUUUUGCUGUAAUUUACCUUGUGGACAUCACUGAAGUUCCGGAUUUCAAUAAAAUGUACGAGCUUUACGAUCCCUGCACAGUUAUGUUCUUCUUCCGGAACAAGCAUAUAAUGAUUGAUUUGGGCACAGGAAAUAACAACAAAAUCAAUUGGCCUCUGGAGGACAAGCAGGAGAUGAUAGAUAUCGUUGAGACUGUCUACAGAGGAGCACGGAAGGGACGUGGCCUCGUGGUGUCACCCAAAGACUACUCCACCAAAUACCGCUACUAAAUGACUCAAUCAUUCGAGCUGACUUCUGCUGAGAAUCUUGCUGGUUCUAUUCGAAUAUAAUUAUAACUCACGUGAAGACAUUGAAGGCGAUUAUUAAAUUAAAUGUUUUGUUUACAUAAUUCACA